AUGAAGCCUUUCUGGGUAACUCUGGCUGUGAUGCUGCUCCUGUCCCAGGCCAUGCCAGGCGACACUGAGAAAUGCUGGCACUCUCGUGGCUCCUGCCGCGAGCGGUGCUUCAGGAAUGAGCGGGUCUACAUUUUCUGCAUGAAUGGCAAGUUGUGCUGCCUGAAGCCCAAGAACCAGCCAAAUCUCACGACGAGGUGAAGCAGCGCUGGGAAGCCGGAGGCCACAGUGUGAAGCUACACCUCCCCCGGGCCCGGCCUCCGCGGUUGCUUGAGCUUUAUUAAAACCCUCUGACUGACUGCA